AUGACUUCUCGGAAGAGAAAGCAGGAGGAAGAGGAGGAAGAAGAGCUCGUUGCUCUACCUAGUGACGAAAGCGAAGAGGAAGAGGAAUACAUAUCGGAAGGCGAUGAAGAUGAUGAUGCCGACGAUGUUGAAGACGAUGAAGAGGAAUAUGACGAAAUAGUUGAGCCUGAGGAGGAAGAGGAAGAGAAGAACGGUGUAAAGCCAGCACCAGCACCAGUUCAAGCUCAACCUGAAGCCCCUCCAAAGAAGAAGCUGAAAACAGCAAAUGUCCCAACCGAGCCUGUUCCCAUCGUCAAGAAUGGCGAAGAGGAGGGUGAGGAAGAGGAGUUCGAUAAUGACGAUCUUGAGGACGAAGAUAACUUGGAGGAUGUAGAAGAAGGAUAUGAUGAUGAAGAGGAUGUUGAAGAUGUUGAAGAUGACGAGGAGAACGGCGUCGACGAACCUAAGAAAUUGGGUAUCGACGUCGAUUUGCCUACCAAUGGCAAGACCCAUGCAGUAAAAGAAGUUGCUGCUAACGGUGACGAGGCUGACGACUGA